UUGACGGUGUUUUGCAGACCAGUUGUUUUCGGCUUAGAGAUUUUCAAGAACAACUGUAGACUGCCUCAAACGCGCUCCCGCUUCUAAAUAUAGUUACAGGUAAGUACGGAUGGGCGUAUAAAUAAAAGCUGAAAGCAAAGCACUGGACAGUUAAAUGCACUAUUAAACCAAGCACGUCAAAUAACAAGUUUAGAAGUGUUAUUAGGUUCUUCGUUUAAUUAGAAGAGAUACUUUGAAACAAACAACAUUAGACAUGGCUGAAAACGAUAAUGGAUUAAAUGCGGCCACUAUUUUGGCGUAUUAUAUUGAGUAUAAGGCGAACAAGUUUGGGGUUAAGUCAAACAGUGGGCCGAUCCGAAAUGUUCACAAGAACAAUGUCACUGAUGCGGUCGUUGAAUUAUGUGAGGAAUUUGAGAAUAGAUAUGAAAAGAGCAUUGGGGAAAUGUGUACGGAAUAUGCUAGCAAUAACUUAACUAAGGAGGGUUAUUGGAGCACUUUGAGUGAACUGGUGGACCAAGAUCUGAACUGGGGUCGCGUAAUAGCCAUAUUCGCGUAUGCCGGGGCAUUGGCGGUAGACCGAAUGCGGUCGAAUUGCCAUGGGGACGUCGAGAAUAUCCAGGAUUGGACGUGCAAGUUCAUGAGAAAAUACGUGGAACAAUGGAUUGACAAAAAUAAUGGAUGGAAUGGACUGGUAGAAUUCCACAAAAAACCCACAUGAGAAGCAGAAUGGUGGGUGGGGCUCUCUGUUUGUGGGCGCGUUCAGUUCCGCGUGCCUGCGAGUACUUCUCCUAAACCAUUGCUAAGCCCAAUGUUUAGAACUGUGUUUUGAAUAUUGCCGUUAACUUGGGGUAUUGUGCAACCCUAAUGGAUUUAUAUACGUGGCAGCAAAUAGAUCUUCUAUUCUUCAUUUUCUAAACUUUAAUAUACAUGUAUAUAUUUUCAUUAAUCCAUUCCAUUAUUUUAUUGAUAACUUAAAUUGUUGUUUCAUCAUGUAAGAGAUGAAUUUUGUUGUUUUUAAAAGUUAAAUUUAUCGAAAUUAUAAAAUAAAAUACAAUAUCGAGUUCGUGUUUAAUAAAGAUUAAUAA